AUGAUGAAUACUGAUGGUACAACAGGAGGAAAUAAUAUUGGUCUUACACCAGCAGACGAUCAACAAAUGAUAACUUCAGCUGAUCGUGAAAAUUAUAUAGCACGAUUAACGCAGUAUUUAGGUGGUAAUAGAGAAAUGGCUAAAUAUUUGGAUGAUGAUGCAAUAGCAAAAAGUGGUGGGAAAGCGGUACUAUAUAAAAAAACUCUUCAAAUAUCCUUACAACAACGUAGUCAACAAAUACAACAACAACAACAACAACAACAACAACAACAACAACAACAACAACAACAGCAACAACAACAACAACAACAACAACAGCAGCAGCAACAGCAACAAUCAAUGAUGAAUUCACACCAACAGCAACAAUCUAUGUAUAUGACGCCUCAACCAACUCCUAUGGUUGGAAUGUCCCAACCACAACAGCAACAACAACUUCCUUCGUAUACAAUACAAGGACCGUCAUCAACAUCGAUGAUUAACAAUGUUAAACAAGAACCUCAAACACCCAUGUCUAAUAUUCAAAUGAGACCCAAUAUGCAAAAUUUUUCUAUGCAACAGCAGCAAUUACAACAACAACAACAACAACAACAGCAGCAGCAGCAGCAGCAACAGAUUAAACAGGAACUAAUGGCACCACCAAUACCACAACAACAGCAACAGAUUAAACAAGAUUUAAUGAUACCCCCACAACAACAACAGAUUAAGCAAGAAUUAAUGAUACCACCUGUACAACAACAACAACAACAGCAACAACCAGGAAUACAAAUUCAACAGAUUAGACCCCAACAGCCUGUGCAAUAUAGUCAACAACAACCAUCGCAGUAUAGUCAACAACCACCAGCACAGUAUAAUCAACAGCAAUCAUCACAAUACAAUCAACAACAGUCAUCACAAUAUAAUCAACAACAACAACAACAACCACAAUAUACUCAACAGCAACAACAACAACAACAACAGCCCCAAUACAAUCAACAGCAACAAUAUAAUCAACAACAACAAAUACCCACCCCUAGUCAACCUACAAACAUUACACCUCAACAACGUUCCAUUGUUCAGCAUUUACAACAAGUACGCCAACAAAAUCAUCUCAAUCAACAACAGCAACUUGAAUCAGCUAACUCUAAUCAAUUACAACAACAGCCACCACAAUCAUCAGUAUUGCCAUCUUCUUCAUCUUCAUCUGGUGGUAGUUCAGAUGAAAUCUUGCAACAAAUUCUUACAAGUCCAAAUCCACCUAAACAACCAUUAAAUGCCGUUCCAAGUGUCGCACAAGCAAGAUUACGAACUAUGAAUCGAGCUGUUCGUAAUCCAUCCAUACCAACAUCUCAAGUUCUUCAACAACAGCCAAGUCCAAUGACACCUGGCUCUGAUCCCAUGAUGAUUGGUAGUGUCCCAUCACCUCAUUCUCAUCCUGGUAUGAUGCAACAACCACAAACACCAGUAGGACCACCUGGCCAAAGUCCAUUAGCACGUUAUAUGAUGGCUCAAUCUCCACAAAAUAGUAUCUAUCGUCCACAAAUGUCUCCAAUGAAUAUGAUGAAUUAUCCAGUUAGCCCAACAGCAAUGAUUGAUGAUGAAAUGCAUUAUUUAUAUAAAUUUUUCACUGAUCGAAUUCAUUAUUUAACUCGAAUAAUGACUAGAUGCCAACAAGAAGGUCAACACGAUAAAGUAGCUAAAUAUCGACAAUUACAUGACCAAAUGGCUGUUUUUGUUCGUAAUCCAAUUCCAGAACAUUUAAUGGCUGCUCGUCGUCUCAAAGAGCAUGUUGAUCGUUUACUUGACCCACGUAUGUUUGCACCAGUCAUGAUGCCACCUAUGGUCGAUAUGACUGGAAUGGUACCACCUGGUGCUCAUAACAAUGGUCGUUCGAUAACAGGCGGCGUAUUUGAACAAUGUCAACGUGCUAUUAUUGAUUAUCUUGGCAAAGAUACAACAUUAAAAUAUAAUGUUUCAAAACGUUUUCUAGAACCACUAAGUGAAGUUCUUAAUGGGGUUCCACAUAAAAAUAUGCGAUUAGAUACAGAAUCAAAACAAGUCGUCGAGCCAUAUUGUUCGUCGUCAAAUAUUCUCUCAUCGAAAUCCCUCGCAAAAAUCAUUGAAAAUGAAUUUGCUCACUUAUCUAUGAAUACGUUUACCUACGAAUUAAAGCCUUUGUCUGAUAAAGUAUCAUCGUCAUUAUCAUCUCUGCAUGAUAUAAAAGAUUUGUCCAUUUGUGAUUAUGAACUAACCUGUCGAUUUAUUGAAAUGGAUAUGCCUGUUGUGCCACCAUUAAAAAUGAAAUUAACAAUACAAUAUCCCAAUGAGCCACCUGAAGUACUUUCAUUAACUUCAACUACAUUAAGUUUUACACCAGCUAAACUUGAAAAAUCAGAUGGUCAUUCAUUUUUUGAAUCAAUAUCUCGAAACUUUGUAUAUUUUUUAUUUAAACUACCAACGCAACAUACUGUUACAGAUAUUUUAGAGAUAUGGUAUACUUCCAUCCAAACUGCUUCUUUAUCUCAACAAGAAUCGUAG